AUGAAGAGUUCAGAUAUCUUGCUUAUUGUGAUUGCCGUCUUGUUCCCUCCCGUGUCGACCUUCUUCAUUUGCGGCUGCGGCAUAGAUCUUGUUAUCGGCAUUCUGCUCUCGAUACUUGGCUACAUCCCUGGUCUCAUUCAUUCUCUUUGGCUUAUCUUCCGCAAGAUGGAGGCCGAGGAACGCUUUGGGCAGGAUGCCUUUGUGUAUAUUGGAUACGGCAACUUCGAACAGGCUGUCCAGAGUUCCCCACCUCCAGGCUAUGGAGCGACUGCAAACAACCAAGUGUAG